AUGUGGAUCCCUGGGACCUCAACCAUGCUCCAAGUCCUGGUGUCUAUACAAGGUCUCAUCCUCAACGCAAAGUCUUACUUCAAUGAACCUGGAUAUGCAAAAACAAGUGGGUCCGUGAAUGGGGAAAAAAGUUCCAUACAAUACAAUGAAUCCACUCUCAUCUUAUCACUCAAAACCAUGAACUUUGAGGAUUUGGUGAGUGGGCAUUUUGGAAAGCGUGUGUGUGAUAUUUUGAUGGCGUGUAAGGCGUAUACAGAAGGUGUGCAAGUUGGGUGUCUUGUGAGAGGAGGUGUACAGGAUGUGGAUGAGGGUAAUAAUGGCAUCAGUUGUUCGGAUAAAUUUAAAGGUGAAGUGGUUGCAUAUGUUAAGACGCUUGUGGCUACUUUUAAAAGCAUUGGAGCUAAAGAAGAGGAGUUUAUUUGGUUAAGUGAAAAGGAAAUCCUUCCAUCCCAUGCACCUGCACCUUUUACUAGUUCCCGAAUUUUCACAAAGAAAAAAAAAAUUUUAUUCCUUUACCCCAUUAGUUAG